GCAGGAUGGGGUGCGUGCCGUCGAAGCAAAAGAGCCCCGCAGCAGCAGCUGCUGCUGCUGCUGCUGCUGCUGACCAAAAGAAAAACAGCGAAGACCGAACUCAGGCCCAAACCUCCUCCGGCAACGAAGCCAGGGGCCCCGAGAAGCAGCAAAAAGACGCCAUGGCCAUGACCCCAGGCAUGUACAUAGUGCAGCAGCGGGGUCACCUGAGCGACCGCUUCCAACGCGUCAAAAAACUCGGCAGCGGCGCCUACGGCGAAGUCCUUCUUUGCAGAGAUAAACAGACGGGGGCUGAAAGAGCUGUUAAGAUUAUCAAAAAGGCCUCAGUGGCGGCCCCCAGCAGCGGGGCUUUGUUGGAGGAGGUGGCGGUGCUCAAGCAGCUCGACCACCCCAACAUCAUGAAGCUUUACGAGUUCUUCGAGGACAAACGCAGCUACUACCUCGUGAUGGAAGUAUACCGGGGGGGGGAGUUAUUUGACGAAAUAAUAUCUCGCCAGAAGUUCUCAGAAGUGGAUGCAGCUGUUAUUAUGAAGCAAGUCCUCAGCGGAGUUGUUUAUCUCCACAACCACAAAAUAGUCCACCGAGAUUUAAAGCCGGAAAAUCUUUUGUUGGAAAGCAAAGCCAAAGACGCGCUUAUUAAGAUUGUCGACUUCGGGCUUUCUGCGCACUAUGAGGUUGGGGGCAAAAUGAGGGAAAGACUCGGCACGUGA